AUGCUGGCGGCGCACCUCUCCGCAGACGUACCACGGCAAAGACGUCAGACGAGGCGCGGAGGAGCAGGCGGUUAUGCCAGACCAGAAGUUCCGGAGAACCGUGACUUCACUGGUGGACCCGACUAUGGUUCGGGCCCUGGGGUGACCUUUGAUGAUGCGGCUCCGGCUCGCGACUCUCAAGCUAGGCCACAAGGACCAUCUGGUCACGGAGGCCACGACGACGGCAGCUACGACCAUAGCAAAGACCACGGAGACCACGGAGAGUGGAGGCUAGAGGAUGCCAUACCAGGAACUCCAGAGUCUGACUACCCUACCUUCACUACCAUUCCUGAAACCAGCUUCGAUUGCAAGGCGCAGCAGUUUCAGCACGCCGGAUAUUUUGCUGAUGUUGAGGCUCGGUGCCAGGUGUUCCACAUCUGUCAAGAAGACGGCCGCCACGACAAAUUCCUUUGCCCAGUGGGUACCAUCUUCAACCAGAAGUACUUCGUUUGCGACUGGUGGAAGAACGUCGACUGCAACGAAGCCACCAGCUACUACAACCUCAACGACGAGCUCUACAAGGAGACUGGACCAACUCAGCAACACCACGGCAGCCAGGGUGGCAGCCAAGGCGCUGCAGCUCCAGCACCACGUCCGGCAGGCCAAGGCCCAGCCGGAGGCGGUGUCAGCGACUUUGGAACUCGGCCACAGACCGUCCCCGGAACCCCACAGGGUUCCAAGGACUACGGGCAGGACUACGAGGCACCGGAAAGGGGAUACGGUGGCGGUGGCAGACGCCGUGGAAGCCAAGCUCAAGGCAGUGAAUUGUCUCAGGUGUAUUACUGGGACGACUAG